AGAACACCAGAGUAGAAUCCAGGAUUCUCAAAGGUGCUGCCUGGCCUUUCAAGCCGGGGAUCUCUGUCUAGAUUACAAAAUGGCUUCCGAUGACAUGGCAGACAGCACUAACAAGACCAGUUCCAGCAUUUCAGAAGUGUUGGACCUCUGUCAGGUUGAUGCUGAGACCAUUCUUGGCAACUUGGGAUUCACGGAAGAAUUAGCACAGGCUGCCACUUGGAUUCCUGAUCGGUUCUUCUCUGUUCCAUCCCAAGCUGAGGGCAUAAAUUUCCAUCUCUUUCUAAGAGCUCAGGUCCAGCGGAUCGAGAUGGAGGAUCCUUGCCUCAUGUUAGUAAGUCGGUUCAGAGAUGUCCAAACUCUGAAUGAAACAACUGAUGAUUGCUUCUGCCUCUAUUCGUAUAUAUCUAAGACACCAGUACAGGAAACCUCACCUGGACACUUGUUCCGGGCCUUUCCAGAAAUCCCGGAUUCCUGGAAUAUUCCUUCCCAGCCAGUGUCUUCGUCUUCACUCCAUGCCCUGCAAAAAACUAUGUGCUUGUGUACCUCAUCCCAGAAAGAAUGGCCCCUGAGAGCUUUCAGUAUGCAGUCUCCUGUGAAUUGCCUGGAACAGGAUAUGUGGGAAGUGAUACAUAAGGCUCACAAAGGUCGAUUUCCGUUUAACGUGGAAGAACUGGAGGAUGAAACUCAAGCAGUGUCCAUGAAGGAUUCAGUUUGUCACCGUAGAAUAGGCAGAAAGGUAGCUUCUUCAGGAUCUGCCUUCAUAGAGACACCUCCAGCUAUUGUUCCCUGCAGCUACUGUGAAACUCCAUAUUAUUUGUGGAAAAGUGCAGAAAUAUCCUUGCCAGGAUGGCUUUCUUUCCAUUUUGGUGGGACAAGAAAGAAGACGUUGGACAAUGUUGGCCCCCAAGAGGUAGGCCAUUUUGGACAUCAUUCUUCACCAGAAGCUACCUCUCCAGAUGAAACCAGUGAAGAAUCUGAUGAAGAGUAACCCAUUGAGAAGAGAAGAGGACUGUAUGGAUCUCUUGAUAGAAUUCCUGGCAAGGAAUUUAGUGUGUGCACAAAACACAGGUAUCCAACUUCUCCAACAUGAUCUUAAUCAUGUACUCUGUGGCCUAAUUCCAUACAUUAAAGCUCUAGCACCAUAUUGGUGCUCUGAAGAUUAAUAGUAGAGACCUACUUUAAAUGGAUAACAUGAAGAUGACUUAACUGAUGGUAAAAUUGCUUGAAUUCGUUAAUUAUUAUUUGUAUUAUUACAUUCAGUAGCUUUUGGAGAUCUGAAUUCAGCACAAGUCUUUGCUGGAGGAUGGACACCUGCAGAUAAACAAAAUAUUACUAAUAAUGUUGCUGAAUGUCCUACUCAAAGAAAAAAAUGCAAGUAUUUAUACUAGUGACUUGGAUGCAAAACAUGGGUUUAGUCCAGCUCUAUGUGAAUGCUAAGAAGCGUUGACUUUAUCAUCUCUGAAGUAAAAGCUGGAGCAAUGAAGAAUACAUGAAUGCAGAAAAAGCCUCAUUUCUAUCAGAACUACAUCUUGGAGAGAGAGCAAGAGACUAAGAGGCUAGAUGAGAAACAGGUGCAAGAAUUAUGGAGAUGCUUCCCUUUAUCUAUCUAGUUCAGGGGUGUCAAU